AUGUAUAGCUCGACACUUUUCUGUGGCACUAACAAUUUCAAUUCAGUUAUGCCGUAUGUCAACAGAGAGCAGAGUGUUGUGUACAGAGAAAGGUUUGCUCGAAUGUAUGCUUCGUGGGCUUAUUCAGUUGCACAGGUAUGCAUUAUCUUGGAGUUUUGUUCUCAUCUUAUAAGUCAUCAUCAAAAUUCCGUACCUAUUGCUCCAAGCAACUGCAUUCACGGUCAUUACAUGGUCCCGACUUCUUGGUCGCUAAACGGCAUGCUCACGUCACAGUAUGGUGACGUGGAAAAAGAAAUCGUGGUGUUUGGUGAAACCAAAAUGGUGUCGGCUUUCAUUAGAGAUUAUUUUGGAUAUCACCACUGA